AUGGAGUCGUCGUCGCCGCCGCCGCCGCCGCGCCCCGUGGACAAGUCCUACUUCUACAACUGGCUGGAGCACCGCACCAACGCCGACCCCGGCUCGCUGGAGAGCGAGCUGCUCGAGGCGAUCCAGGACGGAGAUGUGGACGGCCUCAAGGAUAUGGUGAGUAGCAUGGACAAACAGGACAGGGCAAAGCUUGCUGAUAUGCAUAUAGAUGGCACGGGGUUACUACAAUUGGCAUCAUUCCUUGCUGAAUUGGAAGUGUGCAAGUACUUCGUGGAGGAGCUCGGGUUCGACGUCAAUGCCGGUGACCUCACUGGUGGUGUAACACCUCUGAGUUCUGCAGCAUUGUUUGGGGAAGUUGCCGUUGCAAGAUAUCUUCUAGACAAUGGAGCUGACCCAAAUAAGCUAGAUGAGAGAGGCUCUGUUGCUCUUCAUAAUGCUGCAAAAAGUGGGAACGGGGAAGUCGUGGAUCUGUUGUUAUCUAGAGGGGCCAGAGUUGAUAUAGCUGUUACUCAUGGAACACCACUACAUAUUGCUGCUUCCUAUGGGAACACCGGUGCUGUGAAGAUUUUAUUGGAUCACCAUGCAGAUCCAAACAGGGUUUCAGAAGUUUCAGGCACCCCUCUAGUUACGGCUCUUCAUUGUACUAAACAUGGAGUGAGUGAAUCUGAUUCAUUGGAAUGUGUGAAGCUACUUGUGAAGGCUGGCGCUGAUGUGAAUUCUGCUCAUCCAAGUACUCCCUUGGUGGUGGCAACUACGGUUGGUUUGGCUGACUGUAUUAAGUACUUGCUGGAGGCUGGCGCGGAUCCUAACAUUCCGGAUGAACAGCAGGGCCGUAUGCCAAUACAAAUUGCUGCAAGUUCUGGAAGAAGAAGCCAUGUGGAGAUUCUAUUUCCUUUCACUUCUCCCAUCAGAGCAGUGGCAAACUGGUCUGUUGAAGGAAUUAUUGCUCAUGAGAAGUCAAGAUGCUCAAUUUCUAAGGAAGAGUCUUAUAACAAGAUCGAGGAUAAAGUAGCCAUGCUGAAAUCUCAAGGAAAAGAGGCAGUUAAGAGAAAGGACUACCUUGGCGCUUCAAAGCUCUACACUAAGGCACUUGAACUAAGGUAUUUAGAUGAAACAUUGUAUUCAAAUAGGAGCCUUUGCUACCUGAAAAUAGGCAAGCCACAGAAGGCUUUGCUGGAUGCUGAUCUUUGCAUUGCAAGAAAACCCGAGUGGGUGAAAGGUUACUACCGGAAAGGAGCUGCUCAUAUGUCGCUCAAGGAGUACGAGGAAGCAUCCGAAGCUUUCCAAGAUGGACUGGAACUGGAUCCUGGGAACGAUGACAUAAAGAAAGCAUUGCGGGAGGCUUGGGAGGCGAUGUCAAAGGAUCAAGCCGCUGGAGGAAGCAUCGAGUCCACAGAUUAG